UGCCUAUUUUCGACACAUUAAUGUUGUGCAAUUUUAUUUGAAUCACGUGAUGCGGAACUCCCUUUUUUCUCCAUUUUCAUUUGCGACGUCGUACGUAUAUGAAAAGUGUUCAAUUUUGGGUACCAUUCCAUUUUUUGAGUACAUUGAUCGGUAAUGGUCAGUGAUUUCAUGCUGUAAAAAAAUUGUUAAAAUAUUUAGCGAAGUCAACUUUGAAUUCCAAGCAUAACGAGGCUAAGGUUGAUGUUGAAGGAAGCCUUAAUGGUUUGCAUGACAGACAAGAUCGAGUUACAAUGUACGAUCCUGGAAAUCUUACUUCAGAAACAGAAAAUGGAGACCAAAGAUCCUCAAAUAUUGGAGGUCAGAAUGACAGAGUGCAUAUAGAAGAAGAGACCGAAACAGAUCAAGAUCCUUCUGCAAUGUCCAAGUUGGCCAUUACAGGUGGCGACAAAGAAACACAUCUUUCGACUGGCUGGAAAAGCACUUGUAAUUAUGACCAUCAAGAUGGGGUUAAAGAAGAGCGGACAACUGUUGUUCCCAAGGGAUCAUAUUCUCCUGGUAGUUCUGAUGAAGCUCAAUUAACAGUGGAACAUGCACAGUCGACACCUUAUUCCAUCACUACCGCUACAAAAAUAUCUCUUGGGCGCUCUUUAAGAACUUAUGAAGAUGGGAAUAAAAAAGAGAGGAGGAUGCCUCAGAGAUCAGAUUCUUCUGGAAGUUCCGAUGGAGAUUCAGAAACAGCUUCUUCGGAUGAAGAGACAGAUGGGGUUCCAUUCAACUACUGCAAUAUUGCAGUUCCCCUCAAGAUAUUUGAGCUGUAUUUUGCAAUACCUGGAUCUGCAUUUAACCAAUGCAUCGAUAAAUUGCAGUUAAAGGUGUUCUAA